CUGUCACUGGAAUAUUUGGUGAAAGUCCCCUUAAAAAAAUUCAAGUCCAUGCGGGAAGUGAUGCAGGAGAAAGGUGUCAAUGAACCACUUCUAUACAAGUAUUAUGAUCCAGCCAGAAAAUAUUUCAAUAACUUUGAUGUUGUUGAUGAGCCCCUUGCUAACUUCGUAGAUAUGUUCUAUUAUGGAGAGAUCACUAUUGGAACUCCACCCCAGAAAUUCAUGGUUCUCUUUGACACUGGGUCAUCCAAUCUCUGGGUGCCAUCCGUCUAUUGCCAGAGUGAUGCUUGCAGGAACCAUCCAUUAUUUAAUCCCAGUCAGUCUUCUACUUAUUCCAGCAAAGGACAAACUUUUGCUAUACAGUAUGGAAGUGGUAGUCUCACUGGGGUCUUUGGCUAUGAUACUGUAACGAUCCAAGGCAUUCCUAUUACCAAACAAGAAUUUGGCCUAAGUGAAACUGAGCCUGGCAGUACUUUCGUCUAUGCAAAAUAUGAUGGCAUCCUAGGCUUGGCCUAUCCUUACCUUUCUGCUGGUGGUGCCACUACUGUAAUGCAGGGAAUGAUACGGGAGAAUCUGCUUGAUGCUCCUCUUUUCAGCUUUUACCUGAGUCGGAAGCCAAGCACGGAGGAUGGUGGUUCACUUAUAUUCGGAGGAAUUGAUUCCAGUCUCUACACUGGUCAGAUUAACUGGAGUCCAGUCACCCAAGACUUUUACUGGCAAAUUGCAGUUGAUAAAUUCAUGGUCGACAACCAGGUCACCAAUUGGUGCAGCCAGGGGUGCCAGGCGAUUGUGGAUACUGGAACAUCCUUCCUCACUGUUCCUGGGCAGUUCUUUGACAGCUUGAUGCAGCACAUUGGAGUCCAGCAAAACAGCUAUGGCCAGUAUGUGGUUAGCUGCAAUAACAUUCAGAACUUGCCGACCAUCACAUUUGUCAUCAAUGGAGCUUAUUUUCCUCUGAGUCCAUCUGACUAUAUUCUUCAGCAUUCUAGUAACGAUUGCCAGAUUGGCAUCAUGCCUACUUACUUGCCAUCCCAGAAUGGGCAGCCUCUGUGGAUCCUUGGUGAUGUCUUCCUGAUGUCCUACUACUCCGUGUACGACUUUGGCAACAACCGGGUUGGCUUUGCAACAGCAGCAUAA